AUGCUCUCCGCUACUCUCCUCUCCCUCUUUCCCCCUCUCUUCAUCCUCCCCCUAACCCUCGCAACCAUCGCCCCCCGCCAACCAACCCCAGACCCCCUCUCCUCCCUCAACGCCAGCUCUUCCACCCUCUACCCCACAGCAUCCUCCAUCCCCCCCACCGACCCCUGCGGCAUCACCCUCGCCCCCAUAGGCGGCGGCCUCUCCUUUCCUCGCGCAGGGUUUGUUGGCGCUGUAGAUGGGACGGUAGAGUGUGGAUGGCAUCGGUUGGUGUUUGAGGGGUUGCCGGCGGGGUGGGGGUUUACGGUUUUGGCUGUGAGCGUUGGGGGGAACGUAGAGUUGGGGGAACAGGCGGGGUUGAGGGAGGUGAGGGUGGGGGUUGGGUAUUUUGAUAAUCCCUCGGACACAAAACCCGCUGUGACGGACAGCGCUGUGGAAACGGACCUGGGAGAGAAAUACCCAGGGGGAUACAGUGGUACAAUCAAUUUGAUUCUGAAUGUGUUCUCGGAGAAUACCAAUGGGACACAGGCAAGAGGGAGGACGAGCUGUGCUACGGCGACGGAACAGCCUGAGAUAGAUAUCCGGUUCGGGCUGAGCACGUCGCAUGAGGAAGAGGAAGGGGAGAACGGGACGGCGUAUGAAGCGUCUGUGUCGGAUUUGACGCUGGAGUUGAGUGUUAUGUGGGAGCAGUGUGAUGGGUUGUGA